GAGCGGCUAGAUGACUGGAUCAUGAGACAGAUUUCAUGAUCACCUUGUCAGCGUUGUCGGCGUGUCGGUGUUUGAGGAGAUACGGACAAUACGGCGCGUUGCAUUCGCGAUUGCGUUUCUUGUAUUGUGCUCAAGUGGUUCACAGCCCUGAAAGUGAGAACAUGAAGUUCCAGUACCCAACGCCAAGAAAAGAUCACAGCGUCGUCGACGUUUACCAUGGAGUGAAGGUCCCGGACCCGUACAGAUGGAUGGAGGAUCCAGACUCGGAAGAGACUAAGGCCUUUGUGACUGCCCAGAAUGCUAUUACAGAUCCGUUCCUUGACCAGUGCAAAGAUAGACCGAAAAUAAAGCAAAGGCUCUUGGAAUUAUACAACUAUCCAAGGUUUGGAUGUCCCGACAAGCAUGGGCAACAGUAUUUUUUCUACAUGAACACGGGCUUGCAAAACCAAAGUGUGCUUUACGUUCAAGAUUCCCUUGAUGGGGAACCAAGGGUGUUCUUUGAUCCAAACCUGCUCUCUGAGGAUGGGACAGUGUCCAUUACGUGCACCAGCUUUUCGGAGAACGGGGAGUACUUCGCACAUGGUCUGAGCUCCAGUGGAUCAGACUGGGUGAAGAUCUAUAUCAUGAACGUAGCAACACGUGAAAACUUUCCUGAAGUCCUGGAAAAGGUCAAGUUUACAGGCAUGUCUUGGACACAUGAUCACAAAGGCUUCUUUUAUUCAAGAUAUCCUGACACAGUUGAAAGAGCAGACGGAACAACAACGGACAUAGUAGAGAACCAGAAGCUGUACUACCAUUACAUUGGAACGCCGCAGUCCCAAGAUAUCCUGUGUGUUGAGUUCCCUGAGGAUCCACUAUGGCGAAUUUGUGGAGAAGUAAGUGAUUGCGGCCGUUAUUUGGUCGUUACUGCACAGGAAGGUUGCCAGGACAACAUGGUCUUCAUCUCUGAGAUCCCACCCCAAGGAAUUACUGGCAAGCUUGAUUUGAAGAGCAUUGUGGGAAAGUUUGAAGCUCAAUAUGAUUAUGUCACCAAUGAAGGUACUGUGUUUACCUUCCGCACUAACAAGGCAAGACCCAACUAUGCAUUGGUGAACAUCGACCUGAACAAUCCUGCCGAGGAUGCUUGGAAAGACUUAAUACCUGAAGACCCCAAGAAUGUUUUGGACUGGGCAGCCUGCGUCCACAACGACAAGCUUGUAGUCUGCUAUAUGCGUGACGUGAAGAAUGUUCUCCAACUCCAUGCUUUGAAGACUGGGCAGAAAAUUGCUUCUUUUCCACUUGAUGUGGGAACUGUCACAUCAUAUUCUGGAAAGAAGAAAGACACAGAGGUUUUCUUCCUGUUUGCAUCAUUCCUCACACCCGGCAUCAUCUACCAUUGUGAUCUCACUCAGGAACCUCUCACACCAAAGGUUUUUAAAGAAAUAAUACUCCCUGGAUAUGACGCCAGUAAAUUUGAGAUCCUGCAAGAAUUCUACGAGAGCAAAGAUGGGUGCAAAGUUCCAAUGUUCAUUGUGAAAAGAAAGGAAUUGGCUGGCGAAGCUCCUUGUCUACUCUAUGGGUAUGGGGGAUUCAAUAACAGUAUCCAACCUUUCUUCAGUGCUUCACGCAUUCUUGCCAUUCAGCACCUGGGCUUCGUCUAUGCUGUUGCCAAUAUUAGAGGAGGAGGAGAGUAUGGAGAAGCAUGGCACAAUGCUGGCCGCCACUUUGAAAAGCAGAACACGUUUGAUGACUUCCAGUCUGCAGCCGAAUACCUCAUCGACAAGAAGUUUACCAGUAAGAAAAAAUUGGUGAUCCAAGGUGCAUCGAACGGAGGCCUGCUGGUGGCAGCAUGCUGUAAUCAGCGGCCUGACCUUUUUGCCUGUGGUAUAGCUCAAGUUGGAGUGAUGGACAUGCUCCGUUUCCACAAGUUCACGAUUGGCUAUGCGUGGUCAUCAGACUACCUAAACUCUGAUGAUGAUAAGGCAUUCCACUACUUGUACACUUACUCCCCUCUACAUAACGUGAAGGUUCCCGAAGGAGACACACAGUACCCAAGCAUGUUACUGCUCACUGCAGAUCAUGACGAUCGGGUUGUGCCUUGCCAUUCGCUCAAAUAUAUAGCAACUUUGCAAGAAAAAAUAGGCAGUUCUGAAAAGCAGGUAAACCCUCUGAUGAUCCAUGUAGAAGUUAAAGCAGGGCAUGGUAGAGGCAAGCCCAUAUCAAAAGUGAUAGAUGAAUUGACAGCUGUGUUCAGCUUCAUCAUGAACUGUCUGGAGCUCAAGUACAUGGACUAGCAUGCUUCAAAACUGCUCUUGUUACACUGUGGUGUGUGUUCCAGGAUUAUACAUCCUAACAACACAUGGAACAUUGUAUGUCAAUAAAAAAGCAUUUAAAGUUGC